AUGGCGUCAACCCUCUCCUCUCCAACCUCUGCCCCAGUGAUGCCGAAGAGCCACGUUGGUUUUGACAGCAUUACCACUCAGAUUGAGCGCAAAUUACUCAAGCGGGGUUUCCAAUUCAAUGUCAUUUGUGUUGGGCAAACUGGGUUGGGGAAAUCAACCUUGAUCAAUACCAUCUUUGCUUCACAUCUCAUGGAUUCCAAGGGACGCUUGUCUCCCACUGAACCUGUCCGCUCAACCACUGAGAUCCAAUCAGUAUCACAUGUAAUUGAAGAGAACGGUGUGCGCCUAAGGCUGAAUAUUGUGGAUACCCCUGGUUAUGGUGAUCAGGUCAACAAUGACAGAUGCUGGGACCCAAUCGUCAAAUAUAUCAAAGACCAGCACUCUGCAUAUCUGCGAAAGGAGCUUACCGCGCAACGAGAACGAUACAUUCAGGAUACUCGAGUCCACUGCUGUCUAUUCUUUAUCCAGCCUUCCGGUCACGCCCUCAAACCCAUCGACAUUGUUGUUCUGAAGAAACUCUCCGACGUGGUCAACGUCGUUCCUGUGAUAGCCAAAUCCGACUCAUUGACUCUCGAGGAGCGCUUAGCCUUCAAAGAGCGCAUAAAGGACGAAUUCAUCUUCCACAAUCUACGCAUGUAUCCCUACGAUAAUGACGAGCAAGACGAAGAAGAGCGUGGGCUUAAUUCAUCGAUCAAAUCGCUAAUUCCUUUCGCCGUAGUCGGUUCGGAGCAAAACAUCGUCGUGGGAGGCCGCUCUGUCCGUGGCCGCCAGAAUCGUUGGGGUGUGAUCAAUGUUGAAGACGAGAAUCACUGCGAGUUUGUCAGCUUGCGGAACUUCUUGACGAGGACCCACCUGCAAGACUUGAUAGAAACGACUUCUCAGAUCCAUUAUGAGACAUUCCGUGCCAAGCAAUUGAUGGCUUUGAAAGAGAAUAGUGCUGCCGGACAAGGAAGCAGGCCAAUCAGCCCUAGCGCCGAUAGGGAGCUUAGUCGACAGUCGCAGAGGAUGACAAUGAAUGGAUACUGA